AUAGAUGGUGUUGAAACCUCAGAGCUCGUGCCUGCCUGGGCGGGUGACUCGGAGUUGGCUCAGUGUGCUUCGGAUGGGCUCCGCCCCCCUCAUUUUGGCCUCUUUCCCGGGCUAGGAGGCCGCAGCUAGGCCUGGGAAGGAUGAUUGGCUUAGCCCAGAUCAUCAGUGCACACAGUCAGAAGCCAGGAACUAAAACAUUUCCAGAGAAGAAGAGAAGAGGUCUCCUGGGACUCAUUGCUCCAGAGAGAAGGAUGCUACAGCUGAGCUUGUCCUGGCUGGGUCUGGGGCCUGUGGCUGCCUCCCCAUGGCAGCUUCUGCUGCUGGGUGGGGCCUUGUUCCUGGCCCGAAUUCUGGCCUGGAUCUAUUCCUUGUAUGACAACUCCUGCCGGCUCCACUGCUUCCCUCAGCCCCCUUCCCGGCACUGGUUUUGGCGUCACAUGGGCAUGAUCCAGAACAACGAGGAAGGCCUGCAGCUGAUGACUGAAAUGGGCCACCACUUCCAUGAUGUCUACCUCUGUUGGUUUGGGGCUUUCUACCCGAUCCUGACACUCACCCACCCCAAGUUCAUUGCUGCCGUACUCCAGGCCCCAGCUGCAGUGGCCCCUAAGGAAAUGAUUUUCUAUGGUUUCCUGAAGCCAUGGCUGGGGGAUGGGCUGUUGGUGAGUGCUGGUGAGAAAUGGAGUCACCAUCGUCAUCUGCUGACACCCGCCUUCCACUUUGACAUCCUGAAGCCCUAUGUGAAGAUUUUUAACAAGAGCGUGAACAUCAUGCACGCCAAGUGGCGGCGCCUGACCGCCAAGGGCAGCGCCCGUCUGGACAUGUUCGAGCACAUCAGCCUCAUGACACUGGACAGUCUGCAGAAAUGUGUCUUCAGCUUUGACAGCAACUGUCAGGAGUCUCCCAGCGAAUACAUUGCUGCCAUUUUGGAGCUCAGCUCCCUCAUAAUAAAAAGGCACCAUCGGGUUAUCCUGUAUAUGGACUUCCUGUACUACCUCACUCCUGAUGGGAGGCGCUUCCGCAAGGCCUGUGACGUGGUGCACAACUUCACAGAUGCUGUCAUCCAGGAGAGGCGGAGUAACCUUGCUAGCCAGGGUGUUGAUGACUUCCUCAAGGCCAAGACGAGGUCUAAGACUUUAGACUUCAUCGAUGUGCUCUUGCUGGCCAAGGACGAACAUGGAAAGGAGCUGUCAGAUGAGGACAUCCGGGCAGAGGCUGACACCUUCAUGUUUGGAGGCCAUGACACCACAGCCAGUGCACUCUCCUGGGUCCUGUACAACCUGGCGAGACACCCGGAAUACCAGGAGCGCUGCCGGCAGGAGGUGCGGGAGCUGCUGAGGGACCGAGAGUCUGAGGAGAUUGAAUGGGACGACCUGGCCCAGCUGCCCUUCCUGACCAUGUGCAUUAAGGAGAGUCUGCGGCUGCAUCCUCCGGUCACGGUGAUCUCCCGCUCCUGCACCCAGGACAUUGUGCUCCCAGAUGGCCGGGUCAUCCCUAAAGGGAACGACUGUAUCAUCAGCAUCUUUGGGGUUCAUCACAACCCUUCAGUCUGGCCAGACCCUGAGGAACUGCAUAGGACAGACUUUCGCCAUGAGCGAGAUGAAGGUGGCGCUGGCGCUCACCCUGCUGCGCUUCCGCCUCCUGCCCGACGACAAGGAGCCGCGUCGGAAGCCGGAGCUGAUCCUGCGCGCAGAGGGCGGGCUGUGGCUGCGGGUGGAGCCGCUGAGCACGGGUGCACAGUGACUGGGCCUGGAACUGCCCCACCCACCCUUCUCAGACGAUCCCGAAUAAGGGGAGCCUCACCGAGAGCCAGUAGGGGGCGCUGCAGGACAGCAGAGAACCACCGGUGGUCUGGAUGAGACGAGGUGGGGCUGGUUUCCUCCUGGGUCAUCCACAGGACCUGUAGGCUGAUGGGAGUCGCACCCAAGCUCAAGCAUGGACUUAUUCUUUUGGAGACGGGGAACCACAGAUGUUUACCUGCAGGUUUGAGGAUCUGUCAGCUAAGCAUACUCCACAGUUUUCUUUUUUCUUUCGUUUUUGAGAUAGGGUCUGACGACGUAGCUUUUAGUAGCUUGGAGCCCACUGCACAGACCAGGCUGGCCUCAAACUUGCAGCAAACCGCUGGCCUCUUUAUCCGCAGUGCUGUAAUUAGAAGAGUGGGUCACUGUGCCUGGCCUGUUACAUCUGAAGGGAUAUUUGUAGAAAUGAAGGACAGUUUCUCAGGAGAGAAGCCUGGGAGCCCUUGAGAAUGAUGUUAAGUGACGCUCAAGGCUUGUGAUGUCCAAGGCCACUAAGGCAACUUAAAUUUAAAGUGAAAUCACUCUAGCAGGCUCCCUGUCUGGUGCUGUUCUUCUGGGUUCCCACUUAUUCCUCUUGGGGCCGGAGAGGUGGCUCACUAGUCAGCCAGCCUUGCUCAAUCAGAAAGCUCCUGGUUCAGUGAGAGAUUCUAUCUCAGGAAAUAAGGUGGACAGUAAUGAACAAAGACACCCAACAUAAACCCCUGGCCUCCUCAUGGCCAUGUCUCUGUGUGCCCUGCACGCACAAACUCCUUUUUCUAUCUCUUCCAGGAUUUGAUUUCUUCCAUUCUUCCAGGAAGUCAUUAAAAACUGUUGGAGUUGGAGGCUAGCCUGGGCUCUAUAGAAAGUUUGAGGCCAGCACUGUGAGACCUUGUCUCAAAACUUAAAAACAAACAAAACCAGAGUUUUACAUCUCUUUCACUUGGGAAAUGACUUUAGAGAAAUAAUGUGCAUCCCCCCCCCCCUUUAAAUCUCUAGUGUUCUGUUCUUGUUUAUAGACUGUCUUUGUGGUUUUGGCAGUACUCUUGUUGAAGACCAGGCCUUGUAUGUGUUACACAAGUUUUCUACCACUGAG